UUAUAACAGUUGUAUACUAUCGACGAUCUGGUAGCGCAGUAAUUGUUUGACACCAACACUAGAAUAAUUGGAAAAAUCGAAACCGAAAAAAUUUUCGCAAAAAGUUGAAAAAGCCGCAGUUUUCACGACCAAACAAAGAAAAUGGGCGAGCAACCGAUUUUCACCUGCCAGGCUCAUGUCUUCCACAUUGAUCCGAAGACGAAGCGUACAUGGAUUACAGCCAGUAUGAAAGCGGUCAAUGUAAGUUUCUUCUACGACUCGUCCCGAAACCUGUACCGCAUUAUCAGUGUGGAAGGCACAAAGGCCGUUAUUAAUUCAACAAUAACGCCUAAUAUGACGUUUACUCAGACAUCACAGAAGUUUGGACAGUGGAGUGAUGUUCGUGCCAAUACGGUUUACGGCCUGGGUUUCGCAUCCGAAGCUGAACUGACAAAGUUUGUGGAAAAGUUCCAGGAAGUCAAAGAGGCAACCAAAAAUGCAAUAAAGGCAGCAAAUGGUUCCACCGCCGUUACGCCAACCACGUCAGCUAAUACAUCACCUAUUUCGUCGCGUAUGCAACAGAACGAUAAUACCGCCAUCGAUCCGCAUACUGUAGAACCACCCAACAUGUCCAAUACGAAUACGCAAAAUGCAAAUCCAGAUAGUCCAUCGCAUAAGCUGCUGCCUGCAGCGGAGUCGAAACAAGAGAUUGCUGCAGGUGCCUCACCAUCGCCUGCACCCACGGCGGUGACAGUAUCCUCCAGUGGCAGUAUUGUAGGUGUGCAUACAGGAGGAAGUGCUGGUGCUACUGGGGAACAGCAACUUAAAUACGAGAAUGAACGACUUAAAAUGGCACUAGCUCAAAGCUGCGCCAACGCUAAAAAGUGGGAAAUCGAACUGGCAACGUUGAAAAACAACAAUAUACGCCUGACCAGUGCAUUGCAGGAAUCCACCGCCAAUGUAGACGAGUGGAAGCGUCAACUGCAUACUUACAAGGAAGAAAAUAUACGAUUAAAACGUGAAUUGGAUGUUGUUCGAGUUGGUGGUGGUGGAAGUGUAAUCGCUGGCGCUUCAGGUGGCGGAGAAAUAGCAGAAGAUUUACGGCGUGAAAUCGGUUUAUUGAAAGGACGCAUCGAAUCUUUGGAGAAUGAAUUAAUGAGCCAAGAAAUUGAAUUAAAAGCCGCAAAUAUGAGCUUACGCGAUAAAAGCCUUGACCACAAUCAAAUGACGAAGCUAAGCGAGUUGAAUGCACUAUUUUCCAAGCACAUAACGGAAUUGUUUAGUGUACAAAAAGACAUGGAAAAUAUUAUUCAUCCAGCAAAAAGCACUUGAGAUAAAGAUUUUGGCUACUAUAAAAAGGUUUCAGGUGUAGAGCAACAGUUACAACAUCAGCAAACGAUCACCAUCAGAAAAUACGUUGGUGCCUCAAGUACAGGAGGUAGCAGUGCAGGUGGCGGUGGCGGCAUCGGCGUCGGUGGUGACACAGAAAGCACUCUCUCCAAUGUUACAUCAAUUCACUCACAAUUGCAAUCUUUCAACGAACAAUGUGAUGACGCACAACAAUUUUACAA